AUGGCGUUCGAUCUAGACGCUUGUAUUGCGAGGCUAUUACAAAAACAAUUACUCGGCGAAGCAUUACUACGAGAAAUAUGUGAAAAGACAAAAGAAUUGUUGAUGAGAGAAUCAAAUGUGGUUCAUAUUGCUUCUCCUGUCACUGUUGUUGGGGAUAUACAUGGACAGUUUUACGAUCUAAUAGAAAUCUUUAGAAUCGGAGGUUAUUCACCACAUACCAAUUAUUUAUUCUUGGGAGAUUAUGUCGAUAGAGGAUUAUUCUCGGUGGAAACGAUAUCGCUCUUAACAUGCUUGAAACUUCGAUACCCUGACCGUGUUCAGCUUAUCCGCGGUAAUCAUGAAAGUAGGGCGGUAACGCAAACCUAUGGAUUUUAUACCGAAUGUACAAGAAAGUACGGAAGUGCAAACGUUUGGUCAUACUUUACCGAUAUGUUUGACUUUUUGACGUUAUCAACAGUCAUUGAUGAUCAGAUAUUUUGCGUUCAUGGAGGAUUGUCACCCUCGGUGCAUUAUAUCGAUCAGGUCAAAGUGAUCGAUAGAUUCAGAGAAAUUCCUCAUGAAGGUCCUAUGGCCGAUUUGGUUUGGUCAGAUCCUGAUCCGGAUAAAGAGGAAUUUGCAAUCUCUCCAAGAGGUGCAGGCUUCACUUUUGGCUCUUCAGUAGUGAAGCAUUUCCUGCAGCGAAACAAUAUGGUACACAUCUUACGUGCUCAUCAACUUUGCAUGGAAGGAUUUUCCGUCUUGUACGAUGACCGUUUGAGCACAGUUUGGAGCGCUCCCAAUUACUGCUACAGAUGCGGAAAUAUGGCAAGUAUUUUGGAAGUUGGACCGGGAGGGACAAAGCAUUUCAACACAUUCGAAGCUGCUCCCGAGAACGAGAGAGAUGGACCUGCACAGGCUGCACAAGCCGCACAAGCAGCUCAAGUUGCUCAACAGAACGGUCAGAUCGUCAAACCACAAGUGGAAUACUUUCUCUAA